GGAGGAGAGGAGGAGGAGGAGGAGGAGGAGGAGGAGAGAAGGACGCGCGGCCGCGGCCCCGGCGCUCCCUCCGCCCCCAAGAUGGCGGCGGCGCUGAGGGGCCGCGCGGGCCCGGCCCGGGCCGUGGCGCUGUGGCGGCUCCAGAGCCGGCGGCGCAGCUCGUUCGACGUGGCCGUGGUGGGCGCGGGGAUCGUGGGCCUGGCCGCGGCCCGGGAGCUCGUCCAGCGCCAUCCCUCGCUGGCCUUCGCCGUGCUGGAGAAGGAGCCGGAGCCGGCCCAUCACCAGAGUGGCCACAACAGCGGUGUGAUCCACAGUGGGAUUUACUACACCCCUGGCUCCCUGAAGGCCAAGCUCUGCGUGCAGGGGGCAGCCCUGUGCUACAAAUACUGUGACCAGAAGGGGAUUCCCUACAAGCAGUGUGGGAAGCUGAUUGUGGCUGUGGAGCAGGAUGAAAUUCCAAGGCUCAAAGCUCUGUAUGAGAGGGGGCUGCAGAACAACGUCCCAGGGCUGAAACUCAUUGGAGCCAAGGAAAUCCAGGAGAAGGAGCCCUUCUGCAGGGGACUGAUGGCCCUUGAUUCUCCCUACACUGGCAUUGUGGAUUACAAACAAGUGGCCCAGUCCUAUGCCAGGGACUUCCAGGAAGCAGGUGGGACAAUCCUGACUGAUUUUGAAGUCACAAACAUGGAGAUGGCCAGAGAAAGUUCUGCAGAAAGUGAGGAUGGGCUGAAAUACCCAGUCAUUGUUAGGAGCAAAAAGGGUGAGGAGAUCUCCUGUGGGCACCUUCUGACCUGUGCAGGGCUUCACUCCGACCGCCUGGCCGGGAUCAGCGGCUGCAGCCCCGAGCCCAGGAUCGUCCCCUUCCGGGGGGAUUACCUGCUCCUGAAGCCAGAAAAGUCCUACUUGGUGAAAGGAAAUAUUUAUCCAGUUCCCAACCCUCGUUUCCCAUUCCUGGGAUUCCAUUUCACUCCCAGGAUGGAUGGCAGUGUCUGGCUUGGCCCUAAUGCAGUGCUGGCCUUUAAGAGAGAGGGCUACAAACUCUUGGACUUCAGCCCUGGAGACUUCUUGGAUGCUGUGACCUACAGUGGGCUGUGGAAGCUGGUGCUGAGGAACGUGUCCUACGGCCUGGGGGAGCUGUACAGAGCCUUUUCCCUCAGUGCCCAGGUGAGGCAGCUGCAGAAGUUCAUCCCUGAGGUCACCACCAAUGAUGUUCUCAGGGGUCCCUCUGGUGUGAGAGCCCAGGCCCUGGACAGUGAGGGCAAUCUGGUGGAUGACUUUGUGUUUGAUGGGGGCUCUGGGGCCGUGGGCAGCAGGAUCCUGCACGUCAGGAACGCUCCUUCCCCCGCCGCCACCUCCUCGCUGGCCAUCGCCGCCGCCAUCGCCGACGAGGCCCAGCGGCGCUUCCGGCUCUGAACCCCGGCAGGAAUCCCGGCAGGAAUCCUGCCUGCUGCCCCUCUGCAGCCUGGCACUCCUCCCGAUGGACACAGAGCCAGCAGGCAGUGCCCCAGCAGCCUUGGCAGUGUGCUGUGCCCACAGCUCCUGGGGCGUCCUGAGGGAGGUUUGGCCAGCGGAGCAGGAGCAGCCGCGGCAGGGACUCCAGGCAGAGCAGGGUGGAUCCCUCUGUGUGGGGUUAUCCACCUGGAUUUGGCAUGCAGAGCACGUGGAUCCCUCUGUGUGGGGUUAUCCACCUGGAUUUUCCGUGCCUGUGCUCACAGUGCUGCCCCCUCAGAGGGGUCUGAAAAGCCACAAGGGUGGGGUGGCUCUGUGUGGGCUCUGAUUCCACUGAAGUUGGAGUGUGCAGCCCUCUGGGUGACAUGGAAGUGAUGGAAUAGAAGGAUGAGCCCUGCUCAAGGGCCCUGCUGAUGUGGAAUUAAAGGCUUUGUCAGAGGUUGUGAACAAUAUUCAGAGCCUUCGACGUGAAUGUAGAGUAUUUCACAGAAAAAUAAGCUUAAAGAGGAUUACCAACCCAAGUCAAUUUAGAUCUGCAACUCAGAUACUCUGUCUGAUCGCUGUCUGUAUUUUUUUAUAGAGCAGAAAUCAAAAUAUGGAUACAAACAAUCACUUUUCAUUUACAGCUGGGAAAUCAGCACUGAUCAGAAACUUCAUCAGUGGGUUUGGGUUUCUUCCUUUGAAUGCUGAUGAUGCAAAAGGAGCUGAUCUUUGUCCAGCCAGUUGGGCAAUCCAGGGAAAAUGGUCUUUGGAACAGGAAAUGUGAAGGGAGGGAAGCUCCAGAAAGCUGCCUUGAGUCAUGUUUGGUGUUGCUUCCCUUGGAGCCCGAGCAGGGAUGAGUCAGGAAGGCUUCCCAUUUUCCCUGAGCACAGGGGGAGCUCAGACAGCUCUGAACUCCAUGGAUACCCAAUUUUUAUCAGAGAUACACCUGGAGGAGUCUGUGUGCAGGGAGAGGUGAAGGAAACUCAGUGCUGAGCAUCUGGGAGUGUCCUGCAGGAUUGCUGUAAAGCAGAAUUUUGUGGCCUCAGGGACAAAGUAUUGAGGGUUUAAUAACAGCUGCUGGGUAGCACAGAUAAUUGUGGGGAGUUUGAAGGAGAAAAUUGGACAUUACUUUUUCCUUAAAAUGUUCUUUUCUGAGCUCCUCUGAUGGGAGCUAGCACAGGAGGGCAGCUCUGAGGCUGAUUUCACUGUAUGGAUUGGAAACACUUUUUUGAAGGGAAAAAAGGCUUAAUCUGCCUGUUUUUUAUUAUUAUUAUUUUUCCUUUUUUUUUCCCUGGUAAUAUCUACUUUACCAGCAAAUCGACUGCUGGAAAUUCAAUACCAACCCUCUCAGAGCAAAGUUUGGUCACUUCAGGCAGAGAUUCUGCUGUUCCAAGUCUUCCAUUGCCACAGGGCUGUGUAAAACUUCCCACAGUGGAACAAUCCUAUCUUCCCUCCCACAAAAGGAUUGCAAAAGCCACUUCCUCCUACAUGGGGUGUGGCCCUGACAUGUAUUAACAGAAUAAAGAACAUUAAAAUGCAAAGCAGACAGAGACCAGGGGGAGUCCUGAGUCAGCAUUUCCCUGUGCACUGCUUUUUCCUCUCAGGUGAUGAUUGACUGGGGGUAAAGUUUAUUUGAAACUUAAAUUAUGAACCUUGAUGUAGCAUUCUGUGAAUAUAAAUCUUUUCAGAGAUAAAGGUUUUACACUUUUGUUAUAAAAAUAAGUUCAGAGAUUAUGAUACCAGGGUUUCAGGCAUCAAUCUUAUUGCUCACAAAGUGUGAAAAUGUAUUAAUUUAUUUUCCAAAUGAGCCUCACUUUGAUGAUUUCAUAAAUGUGCCUUUUAUGAUUAAAA